UUGCUGUGUACUUUUAUUUUAAUGUAGAACUUGUACAUGAUUGAACUGGUGUUAUCAUAGCUAUUUAGGAAAUAUAUAAGGGAGGCCGCUCUUUUAAGAAUGUAUUAUGCUACUGUGCGAAUGUUAUGACAAACACACACACAGAGUGUUAUGUAUGUUGGUAACGGGUCUAUAUGGUUUUAAAAUUAAAACCUACUUUGGAAUGAAUUCAUAUACCGAAUAAGUUUUAGGAUUUGGGGUGUUUUGUCACGCAGAUCUGGCAACCCCAUUUCCAUCGAUUGAAACACUUGCUGAAAAUGACAGGCCGCAGCAGCACCUCGCUGAGAAUAAUCCGAUUUCUGAAAGUGGUGGCGUUAAGUCUCUUACUCACGCUGCUUGUUUUGUUUCUCUUGGCUACAGCAAGGACUUUCACCUUAGAAGUAAAUUCAGGACUUCAGCUUGCACAGUGGGAGAAAACAAUAUACAUAUCGGCUGAUAUAAGCACUGAACAGAGGGCGGGCCUGCUCGCAAAUUUCAAAGAUGCCAUUCGUAUUCCGACUGUGUCAUUCUCAGAGACUCACCAGAACACAAGUGCUCUGCAAGAGUUUGACCAUCUUCUAAAAAGAGUCUUCCCAACAAUCUUCUCAUCCAAUCUGGUUAUGCAUGAGGUGGUGGGGAAUUACAGCCACCUGUUCACCGUGUCAGGCACUGAUCCUGAGCUGGUGCCUUACAUGCUGCUGGCACAUAUUGACGUGGUGCCAGCCAAUGAGACUGACGGGUGGGAGGUGCCACCCUUCUCAGCCGAAGAGCUGAAUGGAUUCAUUUAUGGACGAGGAACCAUCGACAAUAAACAGUCUGUCAUGGGGAUCCUUCAGGCUCUGGAGUACUUGUUGGAGCGAGGAUAUGUUCCACGGCGAGGGUUCUACAUUGGCCUGGGUCACGAUGAAGAGAUAAGUGGCUAUGUUGGAGCUGCAAACAUAGUCAAAGUGCUACAGAGUCGUGGGGUGAAGCUACAGUUUCUUGUAGAUGAAGGCCUUGCUGUACUGGAUGGAAUUAUAAGUGGUCUGAAUGGACCAGCUGCGGUGAUAGGUAUCAGUGAGAAAGGGCAUGCCACAGUAAAGCUGAGUGUGAGUAUGAAGCCAGGCCAUUCGUCCAUGCCUCCCAAGCAGAGCAGCAUUGGCAUCCUGGCUGCUGCAGUCACAAGGUUGGAGGAAUACCCAAUGCCUAGACUGUUUGGCUCUGGUCCUGAGCAAAGCACUUUUGAACAUCUUGCACAUAAGUUCAGCCUGCCUCUCAGAUUCAUCAUGUCCAAUUUGUGGCUUUUCAACCCUUUGAUGAGCAGGGUAAUGGAAAGGAGGCCUGAUAUGAAUGCUUUUGUGCGGACUACCACAGCAGUCACCAUGUUCAACGCUGGUGUGAAGGUCAAUGUUCUUCCAUCACAUGCAGAGGCUGUUGUGAACCUGCGCAUCCACUCUGCCCAAACACUGCAAGAGGUACUGGAAUUGAUUGAAUCCACUAUAUCAGAUGAUCGUGUAAAAGUAAAGCUGAUGAAAGGCUUUGACCCCCUGCCCAUCAGUUCCUAUGAUGAGCAGUCGUUUGGGUUUCAGAUUAUAAAGAAGACAGUGUUGGACAUGUUUCCUGAGGUCACUGUUGCUCCAGGUAUCUGUGUUGGCAACACUGAUAGCCGUCAUUAUACCCCGCUGACCAAGGACAUUUAUCGCUUCUCCCCAACCUGGUUCAAACCAGGUGACCCACAGAGAUUCCAUGGCAUCAAUGAAAGGAUCUCUUCCAAGAAUUACGAGGAGGUUGUCCUUUUUUACUUUCGACUCAUCCAGAACUGUGACAACAAAAACCUACCACCAUCGCACACCAGCCAACAUGAACUCUGAUCUGUUCUGGUAAAGUGUGUUUCAGGCCCCUUAUGUAAUUAACAAUUAACAAUUAAAGGCAAAAAAGAUUGCCUAAUCAAAACAUCCAGAUAUUUUGAUGGAUGAGGCAAUUUGCGAUUUAAGAUUGAUUGCUCAGUUUAUUCCAGAUUGUCUGGAUUUUUGUGUGAAUGAAUUUGACUUUAGCACUUUAAUCAGUGGCAGCCAAUCUCAGGGAUCAUUUUAAAUGCAAUGUGAUAUACACAAAUGAAGGAAUGUUGUAUCCAAAUCAUAUGUUAAAGUAACUGGAGUAGGGACUGAAUUGUAUGAUAUCAUACUAUAAUCAUAUAGUGGUAAUGAAAAUGGGAAGAAUUGGUAAUUGGCCAUUUAGUCUUCAGUCAUUAGGAACAAUUUUUAAAUGAGGGGAUGAGAUUUAGAUGAGAUGAUCAGUUUUAGAUGCUUUAGAAAUAACAAGAGCUCUGCUGCUUAAUAUUAUCAUGAUGCUUACCUCCUGUUAGUCUCACAUUCACUCACCACAAGCAAAAGCAUUUCUACUUCAUCACUGAACAUCAAACUGGUGAUAUAUAAUAUCAACUUUUUUUUAUAUAUUAACAUUAACUGGAUAUGAAAUACACUACAAAUAUACUUUUCUCUACAAUAUAUAUACUUUUUUGUCAACUCCUCUUCAUUCAAAUCUUUCAACGGUGUGCUGGCACUGUAAUUCAGCUCGAGUAGAGCCGCAAAAAAAUUUAAAAAAUUGACUCGACGCUGAAACUUCUGUUUCACUGCUGCUCACUUCCAGUGUAAAAUUUUUAUCAGUGCAGAGAUGACAGAGUUUACAAACUGCAGUUUUGUCAUCAUUCCACACAAGAGACAUCUUCUUUACACACAGCACGAAAAUGAUGUGUUUUCCCGCCCUCUUUUGAUUGACAGGAUAUAAUCGACCCUGAUCAUCGGAUGUUUUUAAACUAUCGGCCGAUGGUCCAUAGUUUGAAAAUUGCCUUUUGGUAUUGGUAUAUAAUCGGUAUUGGCUGAUACAUGGGUGCAUCUCUAAUAGGAACGUAUACUGUAAGUGCUGUGUUCCUGAAAAUACUACUAAUGCAGGAUGUUGUUAAAAGCUUACCCUGUAUGGUCAAAGGUUUGUGGACACCUGACAGUCAAACCCCAUACAGUAUGUGCUGGUUGAACAUCCCAUUCCAGAUUUAGUCCCCCUUUGCGAUUAUACUUCCACUCUACUAGGAAAGCUUUCCAGUAGAUUUUGGAGCGUGACUGUAUGGAUUUACCUAUUUAGCCGUAUGGGAAUUGGCGAGGUGAGGCAUUGAUAAUGCUAAAGGAGACCUUGGGUGAAGUCAGCAUUCCAGUUCAUCCCAAAGGUGUUUAGUAGGUUUGAGAUAAGGGCUCUGUGCAGGACACUCAAGUUCUUCCACUUCAACCUUGGUAAACCAAGUCUUCAUGAACCUCACGCUUAGUUCAAGAGAAUGAAAAUUGUAAUGAUACAGCAUACAAAGACAUAAUAUAAGAUUGUGCGCUUCCAAAUUUGUGGCAACAGUUUGGGUCAGGUGUCCACAUACCUUGGUCUAAAUACACAGCCUGAAUGCCAGUGUGAUUGUGUGAUACAUUAUACAUACUGCAGUAUUCCACCACUAUGGUUUCAUACUUAAUGAAGCAGACCAAGAAACAUUACAUUUCAGAAUGCAACACUAUAUAGGUUAUUUAUCAUGCUGUUGAUGUGCCUUUUUGUGAUGUGUUGAUGUGAUUGGUUUUUUGUUUUGUUGACUUGUGAGUGGAUGGAUAUGUCAAUAUCUUCCGUGUAGAGCAGAGGUGUCCAAUCUUACCCAGAAAGUGCCUGUGUGGGUGCAGGUUUUCAGUCCAAUCAAACAGAAGCCACACCAGAGUCUACUGAAAGCUAAGCUCAACUGAUUAAACAGGUAGAAUCAGGUGUGACUCCUGCAUGAUUGGACUGAAAACCUGCACCUACACUGGCCCUUCGUGGAUACGAGUGGACACCCCUGUUGUAGAGUUUUAUAUAGAGAACAUUUACAUUGAACUGGAGUUUUGAAGAGUCAAAGCUACUGAGUAAAAUGCACAAAGAGAUUUUGCAUUGCAUUGCUGUGCAACAGGGAAACUAGCAACUCCUCAAUGCACUUAUACAUUGCACUGAUUCAGCUUCAAAUCCAGUAGCAUGUGAUCUCCAAAUUAAGAUACUGUGCUCUGUAACUGGCAGAUCAUUUACCACUUUGCCAACAUGUUAGAACUUUGAGAUUGUAAAGGAUUGCUUGCAUUGUUGCAUGAUGUUUUAGAAGCAUGUUAUGUAUUUGAUGGUAUGGGCAUUCACGCUGAAUCAUUGAAUAGUGUAAGCUUGUGGGUUUGAUUAUAGGAAUAAUAUUGUGAUUCGUUUAAUUUACUGCAUUUAACAAUGCAUAUUGCAAAUUCUGGAAUAAAUCACUUGACAACAAAGAG